CGCAAGUCAAGGUUAGGUGAUGAACAAUAAUGAGACCGUCUUGGAGACCGAUGCACGUUUUAAAAAAGAAAAGCAGAAUUCACUCAUUAAUAGGAGGAACGUUUCAAUAAAAGAACGUGAAGAGUUAGGAUUUUCACCUAGAUACCCACCUUUGGCUAAAUACGAGGAUUAUGUACACACAUGUGACACAGAACCAACGGAGUUACCCAAGUCUACUGAAAAAUUUGUAAAUAUGUGUACGAACAAACUUCAAAGUGUAUUUCUAAAGACUAUUGGUUCAUACAGAAGAAGCUCCUAUAUGGCACCCCCCGAAACACUGGGCGAGCCACUUUCAAUGAAUGAACCGUAUGUCAGUGAUCGUGCUAUACGAGGAAAACUUGGUGCUAGCUUGGAAAUUCCAUCCGUUUCCAAACAGCAAUAUCUGAAGUCUUCAAUACUUCCACAGCUUGAAGCAUUAAAUUCCACGACUUUGACUGAGGAUCAGAAAAGAGCACAGCGUUACUUGUUCACAUCAAGCUACCAGGCGGCAUACGGAAACCCUGCAGUUUUUGGCACCACUACCUAUCGACGCAUAUAUCCAAUUAUAAGCCUAGAAACUAUUUCACGCCCAGUAGAAGGUUCAAUGAAGGAAAAUGCAUAUUUUCCUUCAACAAAGACAUGGAUACCAGAAAAUUUCGAUCCCAUUCAGUAUGACUUGAAGCAAACAAGAUAUCCCUAUUUACAGGAGAAUCGACCUCAUGAAGUUUGCUCACAUUAUCCACGAAUUAAUCAGAUUCCGGGAUAUAGUGGAUCAUUUACUACCAGUGAUAGACGCAGUGAUUCAGAUAAUCCAUACAAGGUAUAUAAGCCAUUAAAUCUGGUUCGCCAACAAAUUCCGCAUGAAUAUGUCUUCGAUCUGCUUCUCAAAGGAAGUUUGUAA